AUGAAGUACUCCACUGUUUGCGCCGCCUUCUUUGCCGCUGUCGUUGCUGCUUCCGAUGUCAAGCAGCUGAAGACAGACGACUUCAAGGGCUUCAUUGAGGAGCACGACCUCGUCCUCGCAGAAUUCUUCGCCCCAUGGUGCGGUCACUGCAAGGCGCUCGCCCCCGAGUACGAGACGGCCGCCACAACUCUCAAGGAGAAGGACAUUGCCCUGGUCAAGGUCGACUGCACAGAGGAGCAGGAUCUCUGCCAGGAGUAUGGUGUUGAGGGCUACCCCACUCUCAAGGUCUUCCGCGGCCUCGAGAACGUGUCGCCAUACGGUGGUCAGCGCAAGGCCGACAGCUUGAUCUCAUACAUGACCAAGCAGGCCCUCCCCGCUGUCUCCGAGGUCACAAAGGACACCCUCGAGGAGUUCAAGACUGCCGACAAGGUUGUCCUCGUUGGCUACUUUGCCGCCGACGACAAGGCCUCCAACGAGACCUUUACCGCCGUCGCCAAUGGCCUCCGCGACAACUACCUGUUCGGUGCCACCAACGACGCUGCUCUCGCCAAGGCUGAGGGCGUCAAGCAGCCUGGUCUCGUCCUCUACAAGUCGUUUGACGACGGCAAGGACGUCUUCACCGAGGCCUUUGACGCCGACGCCAUCCGCACAUUCGCCAAGGUCGCCGCUACCCCUCUUAUUGGCGAGGUUGGCCCUGAGACCUACUCCGACUACAUGGCCUCUGGCCUUCCCCUCGCAUACAUCUUUGCCGAGACUCCCGAGGAGCGUGAGCAAUACGCCAAGGAGCUGAAGCCCCUCGCCCUCAAGCACAAGGGCGCCAUCAACUUCGCCACCAUUGACGCCAAGGCGUUUGGCCAGCACGCUGGUAACCUCAACCUCAAGAUCGGCACAUGGCCCGCUUUUGCCAUCCAGCGCACCGAGAAGAACGACAAGUUCCCCUUCGACCAGGAGAAGAAGAUCACCGAGAAGAGCAUUGGCAAGUUUGUCGAUGAUUUCCUCGCUGGCAAGAUCGAGCCCAGCAUCAAGUCUGAGCCCAUUCCCGAGUCCAACGAUGGCCCCGUCAAGGUUAUUGUUGCCCACAACUACAAGGACCUCGUCAUCGACAACGACAAGGAUGUCCUUGUUGAGUUCUACGCUCCUUGGUGCGGUCACUGCAAGGCUCUUGCUCCCAAGUACGAGGAGCUCGGCCAGCUCUACGCCUCUGAUGAGCUCUCCAAGCUCGUAACUAUCGCCAAGGUUGACGCCACCGCCAACGACGUUCCCGAUGAGAUCCAAGGUUUCCCAACCAUCAAGCUCUUCGCCGCUGGCAAGAAGGACUCCCCCGUUGACUACUCUGGUUCCCGUACUGUUGAGGACUUGGUCCAAUUCAUCAAGGAGAACGGCUCACACAAGGCUGAGGCCACUGUUCCCGAGGCCGCUGCUGAAGGUAUGUCUGAUAAACUUGCUCACGAGGCUGUUGUCGCCAGCGAGAAGGGUGCUAAUUCUGCUACAGAUGCUACUGAGUCCGCCAAGGAGGCUGCCGCCGAUGCCGCCGACGCCGUUAAGGACACUGCUGAGAAGGCUACCGAUGCUGCCAAAGAGGCUGCUGCUGAUGCCAAGGAGGCUGUCAAGGACACUGCGGAGAAGGCCAAGGACAAGGCCGCGAGCGCCAAGGACGAGUUGUAG